AUGGGCAUAAUUCGCCAUAGAAUGGAGAACGAUUUUGAGGAUGAGAGCCAUUUUAGUCCCAUAUCACUCGUUCGUCGGACGCAUAGUCCUGACCGAUCCCAGGAUGGUUCCUUUUCAGAGCCUCAUCAAGAACACGGCACUAAUUUUCUGAAAAGCACCGUGUUCAGGAGCUGCGGUAUUGUGAUACUUAAGGCCAAGAUCAAUUUGAUGCUGCCUUUUGGCCCGGCAGCAAUCCUGGUCCAUAAAUUCUAUGGGCACGAAGUAAGUUUUAUGACCUCUUUUUUUUUUUUGCUCUCUUUCCUGUUUUUUAUGUGUGCAUGUUCUCAAAUUCUUGUGAGGAUCGUCUCUCCGUCUCUUCUGGUGAAAUUUUGAGCUCAACAUACUGCCAACGGACUGUAGGGACUGGUGUUCAUCUUAAGCUUGCUCGGUAUAAUUCCGUUGGCUGAGCGUUUGGGUUAUGCCACAGAGUGAGGGCACUUGAACACUGUACUGACUUCAUCUCUUCGACUGCCCAUUUACGCAGUCGACUUAAUAGUUGUCUCUUUUCUGUAGGCAGUUGGCCUUCUUCACUGGAGCUACGGGUAAGCAGUCUGUUCUGUCCCAUCUGACGUACGCUUUCUUUCACUUCCAUUCAGUUCUCUCAAAAAAAAAAAACAUCCAACCAUCCCUUGUCGGAAGCGAUCAUGGCUAAUUCUCUCAUGUGAGGGUGGGUCACUAAUCUUCAAUUGGAAGGCCAACAUUCGGCCCAAAUUGGUUCCUUAUGUAAGCGGAAGGCCUUGAUAUUGGCGUCUCCCAGAUCUGCUCGUGUUAAGAUAAUCAUCAUCGCAUGAGUAGAUUCGUCCAGAUGGUCGGCCGUUCCCCACUUCGGAAAUCAAAUCAAUAUUUGGACCAACCCAAGAGUUUACGUCAGGAUGAUGCCGCUCUAGCAUUCUUGAAAGGUCCUGGAAGAAACUCAUGCUGAAUUUUGGGAGUGAUUACUCAGAGAUACAGACGUAUAUUUGAGAGUGUCUGUGCAUGAGCACGAGUUCUCUGGCAUGAAGACCGCAGUAUCUUGUUUUUUCGAGUUUGAUUCAGCUUCUUCUUGGGUUUUUCUUCAAAACGUGAUUUUUCUUUUUUUCCUCCCCUUAUCAAACUGUCUCUCAGUAUUUACCAUCUUAUCUUUGGUAAUCAAUCUUCACUUGGGCAAGAAAGGCCCUAUAAUUAGAUCAUUCGUCGAUUCUCUUUUGCAGAUUUCUAGACGUUCAUAAUAUGAAACGGUCUGGUAAUGACAUUUAACUAACUGUUAACUGCAGUUGGGGGCCUUCUAAAUGCUACAUUCGGGAAUGCAACCGAAUUAAUUAUAUCAAUAUUUGCUUUGAAAUCUGGGAUGAUACGUGUCGUUCAGCAAUCGUUGUUGGGCUCCAUAUUAUCAAAUAUGCUACUGGUUCUCGGUUGUGCAUUUUUCUGCGGAGGGAUCGUCUUCUUCAAGAAAGAGCAAUCUUUCAACAAGGCAAGAUUCAUUUCAUUCUUGGAUAGUAUGUUUUCGUUCUCUCUAUAACUUUAACGGGAUUCUCUGUUAUGGAGCAGGCAGCGGCUGUUGUAAAUUCAGGGUUGCUGCUGAUGGCAGUUAUGGGCCUGCUUUUCCCUGCUGUCCUCCACUAUACUCACUCAGAAGCGCAAUAUGGAAAGUCAGAACUGGCUCUCUCAAGAUUUAGCAGCUGUAUUAUGCUCCUGGCUUAUGGAUGCUAUCUUGUUUUCCAGUUGAAGAGUCACAAGAGCCUCUAUGAUCCCGUACGCGAGGUUGGCCUCUUUUACCCACCCCUCUUAUGAACAUGUGCGCCGGAAGAAGACUUUCUUGCUCUCUUUGGUUCAAUACAUGUGAAACGUCAUCCCAUACCGAGGACGAUGCCAGACAUAUCAUGACAGGCAUUUUCAUACGGUUAUACUACCAUCCGUGUUUUGAUAAUCUGUUAUAGGUGCAAACUCGAAUCAUUUAUUUCUGUCACAUGCCGUUUUGUUCGAUGACAGCGUCAUUUUUACUCUAGAGAGGACAACAGUUUCCACUGAUCUGCAAACAUCAAUUCAUAAGUAAUCUCUAAUUCUUGUUUUCCAAAUAAUAGAAAUUUAUACAUUGAGCUAAUCCCAUUGUGGAUUGGUCAAGGGAGCUUAACCCAUUGAGUUAAGCCCGUUUUAAUGUAUAUAAUCCAGAAAUGCUCCUGCCAUACGGCACUGACGUUCUCAUUUUCUUACUAAACGGGCUUUCAUUUACUUGACAUUUGGCCUAAAACUUUAAUGGUUCCGGAGAUUGAGGAGACAGUGUGAGUUCAAAGGUGGAUUUGAGAUAUGAUUGCUAGAUCCGCGCAGAGGACAGCGAAGAAGAUGAUGCUCAUGCUACUGAACAUUGAGCAUUAAGGCCACACUACUGAAGAGCCACAGUCAAGAGUGUUCCUGUGGGCUUUGAACCGAGUUUUGAUGAGCUAAAGAUGCACAUGAAUGACGACGUGAUGUGAUCUACCACAGGCUGUAGACCAUAAUAACGUUCUUAACCCCCUUUAAAUCAGGAAUUUAUGACGUAUGGCAUGGUGGGUUAUCUUUCGAAACGAAGAUUACGCUGCCCUAGAAGACAGCUUAUAUCUGCGGACACAUUCGCUCUUUGAUGAUUGCAAGCUUUGGAUACCCCACUUUUAAGCUUCACUCGUUUUCUGUGUCGUUAUUUAGCCUUCUUGUCUCCUUCUAAGGGCAAAUGAUCAGCUGGUUGCCUUUUUCUGUGGAAUGCAACACACAAUUUUAAGUUAAGUUUUUUUUUAUAUUAAUGUUAAUUUUUUGUUACAUUUUGUCGAGAGGAGAUGGCAUAUUUUUUUUGUUCUUUUCAACGAAUGGGUUACCCACCAUAUUUUUUAGGGCCCAAAUUGAUGUAUAGUUCUUUAAAAUCAUUUCCGUGCUUGUCGUAGUUAUCGCAAUGCAGAUUUAUCAGGAGAAAUACCGGCGGCAUUUGCUUCUGGUAAGACUAAAGUAAAAGACGAGCUGAAUAUCAGCCCAGUUUCCUCUUCCCGCUCCUGUUGUUAUCGGAGACAGGUUGGCAAGGGCCUCUGCCCGUUCAAGAACUAUGGCUGCCUGCAUGUUCUUUUUUCCUUAAUCAAGUGCAAAGCAAAGGAUCUUAAAGAUGAAUACAACUGAUGUAAAAAAAUGCGAGUUUCCUUGUCAUUGUAGGAUUCGCAUAAGUUUUUUCUUGUCGACUAUUAGUACUUGGCGUCCUCGAAGUCUCAGUUUUAUCUUGUGACAGCAAAGCAACGAUUUUGUUUUGUUACUCGACUCAUCUUGCUAACUUUAUCUCCAAGGGAGCAAGUGAAAGUGAGGCAAGCAGUCUUGAUGAAGAAGCUCCUGAUAUUUCUAAAUGGGAGGCGAUUUCUUGGCUUGCAGUCUUGACUGCCUGUAUUUCUGUCCUCUCGGAAUAUCUAGUGGACGCCAUUCAGGUGAUGUGCUCGUCAUCGUCCAUUUCUUUCAUUCACCGUCUGAGAUUGCAUCCGGCCCUCCCGGUCUCUGGGUGUCGCUCAUACGUAGAUUUAAAAUGCUCGUCUGAAUAAUACAUCACAAACGAAAUGAAACAUGAUUCCCGUCGGCUGAAUUGACAGGGGGCUUCGGUGUCGUGGGGAAUCCCCGUCUCUUUUAUCAGCGUUAUUCUGCUUCCCAUCGUAGGAAACGCGGCAGAACAUGCUAGUGCUAUUAUGUUCGCCAUGAAAGACAAACUGGUGUGGGGUUUUGAGCGUAGCGUUUCUCAGAUUAUCGAGUUUCAUCAGCUUUUUUAUGCCUUUCACGAACCUCCGCACGUUUCGUACAGGACAUCUCUCUCGGCGUCGCCAUCGGGUCGUCUACUCAGAUAUCCAUGUUCGGGGUACGUAUGGUGUGGAGCUCUUCUAUACUGACAUUUGAUCUGAGAGGGCUGCCGUUCGUUCCGAGGGUUUGAUUCUCCGAUGAGUGGGAGCACUGUCCAUUCUGGUUUCUGUUCUGAGUGCCAAUUCGCGAAACAGCUGUGGUUCAGUGCUCCAGGGGAAAGAAAGGAAGCUCUCGAGAGCAACCGAGUCAUUCGGAUGCGUCAACUUCAUUAAAUUUGGAACGGUUAUGCGUGGUUGGAUAACCAUGGUGGUCGCUCUGCUCCCCCGGAGAAAGGAAUGCAGCUCGAGGGGCUCACUAGCUGCCUAUUCCCAUUCAUUAAAGAAAGGAUGCUAGCCGAUGUUUGUAGGUCGAAACACAGAUGGAUUUUGCACCGUCGAUCACUUGAUGCACAUGCACAGUUCUAUUUAUGCGCUCCUCUGUUCAGUGUUCUUGAUCUUUUUUCCGACUUGUGACACUUAUCCUGUUUCCGGUCUCCUGCUGCAGAUUCCGUUCUGCGUGGUCGUAGGGUGGAUCUUGGGAUGCCCGAUGGACCUAAACUUUCAGCUUUUCGAGACGGCGGCACUCUUCACAACAGUUUUAGUCGUAGCCAUUUUAUUGCAGGUUUGUGUUGAGAAACGAAUUGAACAGUUUCUGCGAGGAUGCGUACGAAAGUCGAAAAAGGCACUUUCGGUCCUCCAAAGAAAAUUGCACUCCGCUCGAGUGUGCUUUUCUCCCCCCUCACCUCUUUCUUUGCCUUUAACAUCUUGCAGGAGGGAACCUCCAACUACUUCAAAGGGCUAAUGCUCAUCUUGUGCUAUCUCAUUGUAGCCGCAAGCUUCUACGUUCACGUGGAUCCCGAGUUAGGUGUUUAA